AAAUUAUUUUUUGUUGAAACACGGUACCAAAAUGAAUCAGAAUGAGAAUUUCCGCUUGAGAGGCAAAGGACCUUGUCCAGCCGAAACAACGGAGACACAACGUAGCUUUGGUAUACCCUACAGGAAUAAGAAACUAAUUACUCGUGCCAAUCGAAUGGAGCAGUUCCUUUGGCAAGAAUUUUUCGACGAAUACAGACGUCAGAGUUCCGUUAAACCUGACUUGGGACCUGAUCACACCGAAUAUUUUGAGCAAUACUGCAAGGACAAGCCAGCCGAGGAUGAGGAGCGCAUGGAAGUUCGUGUCAACAAGUAUCCACUGUAUUGCACCUCGGCCAUCACCGUGUGGAAUCACGACGGCGACGUUACAAAAACCUUUAAGACAAAGUACUCCAUCACUCGGCCUCUUGCCGAGUGCAGCGAGAAGUUUGGACCAUAGUAAAUUAACUAAUUAAUUAAUAAAUUAAGUUCACUACAUUUACCGUUGUAUCUUAAGGCCAACAACAAAUAAUUUAAAUAACUAAUUACUAUUGUAAUUAAUUGCAAAUAGAGUUUGGUUACUAAGCAGUGCGUUGCUUUGGCAGCUGCAAGCAGUGCACUGCUUUACUGAAGUCUAUCGUUUUUAUUGAAGAAUGUCUUCUAUCAUGUAAGCAAGUAAAUAUGAUUGAAUUGUUUCGCCGUUUAAGCAAUCGCAUUCCCAUUAAUAUAAUCCACUUUUAAAAAUUAAACAAAAAACAAAUUUAGUUGCAGCUUAUCAAUAUAAUAAAAUUAUAUAAUCAAUACAUAUGGAUAAGAGAUCACUCGUUGUCGUUUUUAUACACUGAACUCGCUUUUGAUGUUUUUGAGAUACGACUCGAAAUUGCCAAUAGUCUCAGUAAAUAUUCCUCCUCAUUGCAAUGUAAGCACAAGUCUAUGAACUUGUUGAGCUCCGGCGAAUCUAUAUGUUCUAAAAUGUCAACAGCCAUAUCCAAAGCCUCCUUAGUUCGUUCUACUUUAUACUGCACCGUAUUGGCCUUAACAAUAAGCAUAAUACUCAGAAAAUUCCACAAUGCAUUGUUACACUCGCGACUUUCCUUAAUAGACAAACGAGCAUAAAAACAACACUCAUCAUAGUGUCCUUGUGAUAAAUGCUUACUGGCAACCUGAUGAUAUAGAUAACAUUUCUCGAUGUGAAACUUUGCGAAUCUAAUGCGCAGUUCAAAAUGCGUUAAAAGUUUUCGGAAUUUUCUUCCUUCGAUAUCCUGAUCAGUGCCCUCUUGGUAGGUAGAACGAUCCCCAAAUACAAAUGGUGUAAUAUCCUUUGUCUUAUCAUUGGGUAAUUUUAAGAGAUCGAGUAAGGCUGAAGGCCCAUCGACGUUGAAUUUUUUCGGAGCGCAAUAUUGAUCGGAUAAUGCCAGCGCCAGUAUAUUAUAUACCUCAUUGAUAAAUUCAAAUUUCCAGCACAUGACGCGAUUUGUUUUCUUUACAUAAUAUUGACUCAUGAUUUUUUCAACGUAAUCAGAGAGUUUCUAAAAUUAUACACAAAAUUAAAAUAUUAAAUGAUACAAUACUAACAGCAUCUACCUCAAUCUUCUUCUCUUUACGCAUUUUACGGAUUUGACGCAGAUCGGAUAUCAUAUUCCGAUGUGUUUGCAACUGUAUACGGAAGAAAUACGCCGCAUUAUUUUUCUCCAAUGACUUUAAGUAUUUCACAAGGUAAAGUGGACUUCGAGAUUGUAACAUUUUCUUUAUAAUAAAAAAUUUUGUUAAAUUACUUUCCGGUAUAUGAUUCAAAUAAACUACCCACCAUAAACUGUCUGACUAUCUCAUACUGUUUCGUUGAUAUAUCUUCCAUAACUUCUUUUGAACGUUUGCACUGUUCCAAUAACAGACUUGGAUUUUUGCGCAA